AUGCCUUUAUAUGCAAAAUUUCUCAAAGAGCUCAUCAAUAAGAAAAGGAGCUGGAAUGAGAAGGAGACAGUAAUCUUGACCCAAGAAUGCAGUGCUAUCAUCCAAAGAGGUCUUCCACCAAAGCUCAAAGAUCCAGGAAGCUUCAUCCUAUCUUGCACUAUAGGGAAUAGAACAUUGAACAAAGCCCUAUGUGAUCUAGUAGCCAGCAUCAACUUGAUGCCUCUCUCAUUAAUGAAGCAGCUUGCAAUAGAGGAACUCAGGCCAACUAGAAUGUCACCUGCUGACUUUGUCAUUUUGGACAUGGAGGAAGAAGGACACAACUCAAUCAUCUUGGGGAGGCCCUUUCUAGCCGCAGCAAGGGCUAUAAUUGAUGUAGAAAAUGGAGAAAUCACACUAAGAGUACAUGAUGAAAAGAUGAUCAUCAAUGUAUUUAAAGCCAUGAAAUAUCCCCCUAAGAAAGAAGAGCAUAUGAGAGUGGAAAUGGUGGAAGAAGUAGAGACGUUGUUACUUGAGGCCAACAACUAG